UUGCUUUCUUGGAUCAUUCAUUCAUUCUCUCUCUCUCUCUCUCUCUCUCUCUCCGAUUCUGUCACAGAGGCCGAAAGAAAACAGAUACACCGACUAAAACAAAAACAAAAACAAAACACAACCAUACACAGACAAAUAUACAUACAUAUAUCAAAGAGCGAAAAUAAAAGUUGUGAUUGUGUUCCCUCUUCUUCUCUCCAAAUCUCUCUCUCUCUCUCUCUCGCUCUCUUUCCAAAGAAGUCAAAAGGAUGUUACGAUUGUGUUUCCGCAGCCAUUUUUUGCUUUUUGGAAGUGAUGAUGACUUGUUUUGUGGUUUUUGUGAAAAUUAGGGUUUUUGAGAUUGAAUAAUUGUGUAUAUUAGUUGUUGUUGAUGUGAUCGAUUUGGGUUUUUAAUAAUUCGAUGGGGAAUAAGUUGGGGCGGAGGAGACAAGUGGUAGACGAGAAGUUUACUAGGCCACAGGGGUUGUACCAGCACAAGGAUGUGGAUCAUAAAAAGCUUAAGAAGCUCAUACUUGACUCUAAGCUCGCUCCUUGCUUUCCUGGUGAUGAAGAUUGCGCUUUUGAUCUUGAAGAAUGCCCUAUUUGCUUUUUGUAUUAUCCAAGUCUUAAUCGCUCAAGAUGUUGCAUGAAAGGCAUUUGUACAGAAUGUUUUCUGCAGAUGAAGACCCCAAAUUCAACUCGUCCUACACAGUGUCCGUUCUGUAAAACCUUAAAUUAUGCUGUGGAGUAUCGUGGGGUGAAAACAAAGGAGGAAAAAGGGAAGGAGCAAAUUGAAGAACAACGGGUUAUAGAAGCGAAAAUAAGGAUGCGCCGGCAAGAACUCCAAGAUGAAGAAGAGAGAAUGCAGAGAAGACAAGAGAUAAGUUCUUCAAGUAGAAAUAUGGCACCAGGAGAGGUUGAGGAUACCACAGUUGCAGAAGGUGACGAAAUUGUUUCUUCACAAGAACCUUUUCCAUCGAGAAGACAAUCUGUACGCCUUAGGCAGAACAGGGAUGAUGACUUUGAUCUGGACCUUGAGGAUAUAAUGGUUAUGGAAGCCAUCUGGUUGUCCAUUCAGGAGAAUGGCAGACAACGGAAUCCAACUUAUGGUGAUUCUGUUCCAUCUGAGCAGUACUUGACAGAAGACCAGCAUGUCUCUCCAGCCAUGCCCCCUGUGGCCGAAUCAUCUUCAUCACCAUCCGGAGGCCUUGCUUGUGCAAUUGCUGCCUUAGCCGAGCGUCAGCAAACAGGUGGAGGAUCCUCCAGCAACCACGAUGGAAACACGUCAACAUUCAACAUGAUUCCUGGGUAUAGCAGGUUUUCCAAUAGAGGGGAGCAAGUGACGGAGAUGUAUCAUCCUUCUGGGAACUCUGCUGAGGAUUCGCCUGAGCUCGGGCUGGCAAUGAACAGGGAUGACGGAGAAUGGGGGGUAGAUCAUGAGUCUGAGGCGGCUGAAGUUGGAACGAGUCGUGCAAGUUCUGAUGCAGCAGAAGAUGCUGGUAGAGAUUCUGCAUUGCCAACACAACAUGAAAUUGAGGGUGGUUUCCAAACAGUUGGAGGAUCCAUUGUUCCGGAUAGUUUUGAGGAGCAGAUGAUGUUGGCAAUGGCAGUUUCGUUAGCUGAUGCCCAGGCCAGGACCAGCAUGCCAGGACUUACAUGGCAGUAGUUAUAAGGUGAAGGUACUAAACUCUCUCUCUCUCUCUCUCUCUCUCUCUCUCUCCAUAUACAGAUGUAAAAUGACACAACAUGAUUUUUAGUGAGUGAAAGGUACUUGUUUGUGCCUUUGGAAAGGAUUCAAAUUCUUGCAGUGUGGCUGCCCCAUUCAUUAGGUUAAGAAAAUGAAAUCAUUUAAUGGUCACGAGUUUCUCAAGCA